UUUUUUUAUACUUGUGCUUAUGUGAAAGGGGAAGGCGAACUUGGAGCAAGUGGCAAGUCGAAGUGCAUGCAACAAAGGUUACCAGGAUACUGCACAGCCACUUCCAGAUUAAUAUAAACUUGUGUUGACAUGUGCUUGCCUCCUGCAUAGCUCUCUAUCUGUCCCCCAAAAAUGGUGGUGUAUAGUUGAGUAUUUUAGACCAAAGUGUUCUUUCUUUUACUGCCGAACUUUUUUUUUAAAGAAGCUGCAUUCUUUUCUCUCUCUCUUUUUUUAUCUCCAUGCUACCUAAACAGCCCACUUUUUCAUUCAUGACUAUACCUUUGCCUUGAAAAUUUCUGAAUUGUUGAUUUAGUAUAUAGUGGCUCAAAAAUAAAUGUACACGCAUAAAUGUUCUAUUUAGGCAUUGAAGCUGGCCAUGGUGAAGAGGGGCGUGCUGCUUCACCUCGACUGGAGCUACCUGCACCCCCUUCACCAUGCCCUGCAAGGGCACCAGCAGGAGAAAGCGCCACCGGCACAUCCCCUUUGGAGACACCACAAAGGGAAAGUUCCGAGGAGAUGAUGUCGGUGCUGCUGCGGGUGCUGCGGGUGCAGCUGGAGGUGCGGCAGCAGAACAGGGACGUCUUGCAUGAGCUCCAGCAGCUGAGGCAUGAGGUACGGGUCGUGUCCGAGAGGCUGGAUGAAAUUGAGCCUCUCGACAGGACCCGUGCAGUGUCUCAGCCUGCCCUGUCGACGGUGCCUCCAGUUCUUCCUCGGCUACCUGCCAACAAUAUUGAAGAAUUGGAGGCAGCAGAGGCAGCCGUGCAGGAUGAGGCUGUGGCUGCCACCUUGCGCAAGCACCUCCUGCAAAUAGGAGGGAAGUCGCUGCGCGAGGUGGCAUCGAAUGCCAUGAAGGCUGUAAUGGCACACCCCGUCCAAGUGCUUUACAGCCUUCAUGGCAGGAAGGGGAAGAGGGCUUUCAUAAAUCUGAAGUUAUGCCGGAUAGUCACAGAUGUCAUCUGUGCAAAAGGGGGGGCCGACCUGACAGAAGCUCAGGGCUUCAUUAAGAGGUGGUUGCCAGGGUCUGUGGACAGGGGUGGUGGCAGGAAGAGGCGUUUUGCAGAAACGUUAGCAGCAGAGCAGCCCGAUGAUCCCUCCCUUCGGGGCAGGGAUCAUUGCCUGCCCACUGCUGCCCUCUCCCUGCCCCACCCUUGGCCUCAGGGCCCUGGCCAGUCCACCGUUGGCCCCUCCUGUCCGGCUGCCCAUGCUCCUUCCCCUGCUGCAGCCCCUCCUCCUGCCGCUCCUCCUGCCCCUGCUCCUGCCGCUCCUCCUGCCCUUGCUCCCCCUGCCCCUGUAUGCAUCAAUUGA